GUUUUCACCCCCCUCGCUCCCCGCUUCGCCUAGCAACGGAGCGUGAGGCGAAGAUGGCGGAGUGUCGGAGGCAGCCAGGAGGGCCCGCCAGGAGCCCCGAAGCCCAGAUGAAGGGCAGACCAGGCCGCAGGGGCGCCGGGGACGCCAAGGCCGAGGAGGACGAGGAGCAGGAGGAGGCGCCCUUCAGAUGCCACCGACUUCAGGACUCCCUGCUCAGCUCGGCCAGUGGCUACAGCAACUACCGGGGCAUCUUGAACUGGUGCGUCGUCAUGCUGGUCUUGAGCAACGCCCGCCUCUUCCUGGAGAACCUCAUCAAGUACGGCAUCUUGGUGGAUCCCAUCCAGGUCAUCUCCUUGUUCCUGAAGGAUCCGUACAGCUGGCCAUCUCUGUGCCUGGUCCUUGUGUCCAACGUCUUCAUCCUGGCAGCUCUGUUCAUCGAGAAGAAGCUGGCGCUGGGCUCCCUGUCGGAGCGGAUGGGGUCCGUCCUCCACACCCUCAACCUCCUGACCAUCCUGUGCUUCCCUGCCCUUGUGGUGCUGGCCGUCACCUCCACCACUCCCGUUGGGGCCGUCCUCGCUCUCGCCACCCACACCAUCCUCUUCCUCAAGCUCUUCUCCUUCAAGGAUGUCAACCGGUGGUGCCGGGAGAAGAGGCAGGCGAAGGCUGCCCAAACACGGUCAGCUUCUGGGCCCCAGAAAGCUAAUGGAGAGGUGGCACUGAGCCGCGUGGCUUAUCCAGCAAACCUGACCUACAAAGAUAUGUACUAUUUCAUCUUUGCACCGACCUUAUGCUACGAGCUGAACUUCCCUCGCUCCCCGCGCAUCCGCAAGCGGUUUCUGCUGCGCAGGCUCUUUGAGAUGCUCUUCUUCCUCCAGCUGAUGGUGGGGCUGAUCCAGCAGUGGAUGGUCCCCACGAUUCAGAACUCCAUGAAGCCUUUCCGGGAUAUGGAUUACUCCAGGAUCAUCGAGCGCCUCUUGAAACUGGCUGUCCCCAACCACCUGAUCUGGCUGAUCUUCUUCUACUGGUUCUUCCACUCCACCCUCAACGUCAUUGCCGAAAUCAUGCAGUUCGGGGACCGGGAGUUUUACAGGGACUGGUGGAAUUCUGAGUCAGUGACCUAUUUCUGGCAGAACUGGAACAUCCCCGUCCACAAGUGGUGCAUCAGACAUUUCUACAAGCCCAUGAUGAAGAAGGGCCUCGGGAAAUACCCGGCUCAGGUCGCCGUCUUCUUGGCUUCGGCCUUCUUCCACGAGUACCUGGUGAGCGUGCCCUUGAAGAUGUUCCGGCUCUGGGCCUUCAUGGGGAUGGCAGCUCAGAUCCCUUUGGCCUGGUUGGUGGGGCGCUUCUUCCGGGGCAACUACAGCAACGCUGCCGUCUGGAUCUCCUUGAUCAUCGGGCAGCCCAUUGCCGUCCUGAUGUACGUCCACGACUACUACGUGCUGAACUACGAAGGGGCCCCGUGACCCCUCCCGUCCCUCCCCGUCCUGCUGUGGGGUGUUGGUGGCGGUGCACCUUUCCACGUCCUGCCUUCUCUGGACAGCCCUUAGGACUCCUUUUUGCGGCUGGAGGCUGAUCAGAUACAGUUUGGCUCCUCUCUGGGAGACCCACCGAAUCCCACCGCACCCGGGAUCAAGUCGGCCUCAGCGUUCGCCGUCUUGUCGGGUUGGAAAGCCGGAUCAAUGCAAUAACUUCCCCUUUUGUGCCCAGAGUUUCCAGCAGGAACUUGGAGGCUGAGGGUAUAGGUGUGUAUCCAUGAUAGAGAAUGAAUGUCAGACACUUUCCCACCCACUUCCCAUGCUGUGUUUGUGGGGCAGCCUUGGACCUCUCCGGUAGAAGCAAGGCUCAAAACCCCGCGUGUGCCUUGCUUGGGUUCCCUCUUUACGGACUGGAGUGCUCUUAUGUGUGGGGGUCGAUGGAGGAGAUGAGGACCCUCCACCAGCCCCCUUCUUCCAUACGCACAACGGAUGCUGGACUUUUGGGCACUUUACAGGGUUCGCGCCGACUCGGUUCUCUUCCGUCCAGUCUGAGGGCAUGGUCCUGAUCCUCUCAUACUGCCACGGGCGGCUCUCCUCUCCCUUUCCCCUUGCGCUUGCCUUUGCUCUGUGGCAUUAUGGCCGCCCAUUGACCCUGCCAUGGGGAAGUGUCUUCUGCGCAGUGGCUUUUGGCCUUUGGGAGCACUGGACAGUCCAGUUUUGCCCCAGCAGCCAGUAGUCCUUGCAGAGCAGGCCUCCCAUUGACCCUGUCCUUUGCCUGGUAGAAAAGGGACACUUCCUUCCUUUCAUUUGCAACACAUUUCUUCCCUUUGUUGGCCUUCUCUCUUGUGGAUGUCUUCUGCACGAUGGCAUUGCUCAUCCCAGCAGAGAAGAGUCCAUACAGAGUGAAUCUCCCACUGUGGCACUGCUUUCUUCUCUGCCCACCAUCCACCAACGCUGUGGCUAGUUGUAUUUGAGUGCCCAGUGGCACUGGUGUUUUCCCAGUAGAGAGUAACCCUGCAGAGAGGAUCUCCCGUGGUUGUCUUCUCUGCCCACUGACCCUGCCAUGCUGUGGCAUUGGUCACCUUGGCUCUGUCCCCGCAGAGACUACCCCCUGGACUUCCUUUCACUCCCCUCCCUGACCACUGUCCAUUCUUGCCACGUCCGUCCAUCUCCACCAGCCCUGGGGCUUCCUGCCAUCCACGCCAUGUCUGUGUGGCCCCCUUUUCCUUCCAGUGGCAGCUUUCUGGCCAGGAGAGCCCUCCGUGUGCUGUGUGGACCUGUGACGUAUUUUCUGUCCAUCCAGGAACUUUUUAAGAGUUUGCAGAUUGUAUCUACUUGACACACAAGGAAUGAUUAAAAGCAUAUUUUCCGAAA